GUAUAAUGGCCGUAUUUCCCUAUGGGUUUUCUUUGAUGUGCGGAAUGUUAAUAUGCGUUCCGGAUAUCAUAAAGUGAUAAUGAUUGAUAAUACUUCUGGCMUCUUGAUUCACGUCUUAUCAAUAGUUAGCAAUCUAGUUUAUUAUAUAAUAUAUCUGUGCUUGAUGGAGACUGGAAACACAGAACAAUAAAGUAACAUAGUAAUAAUAACAUAAUAAUGGAAAGUAACCGAACAUACAAAGUUCUUAUCAAACAAACGCUUAUCAGUUAUUCAGUAAUCACUUACUUUUGGUUGGUUCAUGGUUAUCACAUUUUAGUAUUUAUUCAUUGCUUAUCUUAUUUGUCUACGAGUCGCUCUUUGUUGCCUAAUGCUUCUCACUUUCUCAGUUCAGUUCUCACGUGUCUUGUAAUGAAAUUAAGAAUCGAGUAAAAUGAAUAAAAUUGAUCAUUUGGUCGUGGAUACUGCCGGUUUCAUCGACAAAGCACCACUCCAAGACUUCGGUUUGAACAUCUACACUAUUCAAGAAGUGGUGAACGAAGUGACAAAUAAACGUCAAAAAACAGAUCUAUCAGUAUUGCCUUACACUCUCGACAUUAAAACCGUGUUCCCCGAACACAUUCAGUUUGUUGUGGAUUUUUCAAAAAAAACUGGUGACUAUCCGAAUCUAUCUGUUACUGAUAUUAAAGUAAUAGCUUUGGCUUAUCAAAUACACAAGGAAAAUUAUGGUAUAGACAAUUUAAGAACUGAACCAAUUUCUAAAUCAGUUGUGUUUGAAAAGCCGAAAGUUAAUGAAAAUAUUGUUGGAUUUUAUGAUCCAGAUCGUUUGAGUAAUGAUAUGUCAGAUUUGGAUAUCGAUGAUGGGUGGAUUACAGAAGAUAAUUUAAAAGAUAUAAAUAAAAAUAAUGGAGACAAUCUUACUGAACAAGAAACCAAAGUUGGUUGCAUUACCACUGAUUAUGCUGUACAAAAUGUGCUCAAACAAAUAGGCCUCUCUAUUAUUGCUUUAGAUGGCCGUGUGAUUAAAGAAGUUCGAACUUACAUUAGACGCUGUUAUGGAUGUUUUAYGUUGACUUCCAAUAUGACAAGAUUGUUUUGCCCCAAAUGUGGUAACAAAAGCUUAAAACGAGUAGCAGUGUAUUUGGAUGAAAAUGGAAAACAAUGUGUGUACAUUAACGAAAAAAGACCAUUAAAUCUUAAAGGUAAGAAGUUCUCAUUACCUAAACCACAAGGUGGUAAACACGCAGUAAAUCCAAGACUGGUAGAAGAUCAACCAAUGCCACAUCAACGACCAUCUAGGUUGGCUAAAUCUAAAACCAAUGCUUUGGACCCAGAUUAUAUAGCUAAAUCGUCUCCUUUCGCUAUAAAGGAUGUUUAUUCCAAAUCUGCUAUGCUUGGUUUCAAAGGUUCAGUGCAAAAACAAUGGAUGAAAAGGAAUCCUAAUGAAUCCAAUAAAAAAUGUAAGAAAUAAAUUAUGUAUUUGUAAUAAAAACACCAAACUAUUACAA